UGUCUCCCCGUAAAUGCGACGGUAUGGAAGCUAACGUGAAGCUAUCUCUUUAAUAUCCCAACACUCGCUGCCUUCCCGCGUCCUUAAUCACCCGCGGACUUGUUUCCAGUCGGGGAAUCUCGCGCGUCAGCCUCCAGAGGCGUCCGACCCGCAGCGGAAGAGGAGCGAGCCAUGCUGCCGAGGAGCCAAUGGAUUGAGGUGCGGAAGGUAGCGUCGGGCUAGCCAUGGAGGGAGCCAGCGGAGCCGGUGACUUUGUAUUGUUCGCCUCCCGUUUCCGGCAAAUGAGUUAAUGUUAUAAACGGCCACCGAACCAAAAAGUAUUCAACUCGACGCUUUUUGUUGUUCGUGUUUUAGAAGCGCACGAGCGCGAUGCUGCUGCGCACACGCCCUGAAUAUGUCAGCUGCCCUGCACAUACCGCAGACACCCAGUUGGCUGUCAUUGCAUAGAGCCCCUUGUGCUCUCCGGCAGAGCUGAUCUCUUCUCAGGCUGGACCGGGCCCUCAUGCACUGAGCUAAACAUGAUAAAGGUGUAAAGUGUUUUUAAGAAAAAAUCAGAAACCAGAUUCGGACAGCUCCAGAUUUGCUUUGAUUUUUUUUUUACGCUGCAGUCAGUGUUGUCAGUGAGACCAGGAGGACAUCUCCUCCUGGGUUUUAUGGGAAACGGGGCCGGCUGCGGCAGGACUGCUGUAGGUCAGCGAUGGGAGGAUCGGUGUCUUGCUGCAUCUCCCCCGGAGAGAGUCCCAAGAUCUUUAGGCGGGAGGUGGAGCUGGAGGAUUGCCCCAUCACCACCGCGGAGGACGUGAGCGAGGACACCGGGACCUACCUGCAGCACAUCAGCGACAGGGAGCUCCCAGACGAGCUGGCCCAAGAGUCCAACCCAUCGGACCACCCCAGAGCCAGCACCCUCUUCCUCAACAAGUCGCAGACAGACGUGCGCGAGAAAAGGAAAAGCAACUACUUGAAUCACGCGAUGUCCCCGGGGAUUCUGACGAAAAAGUUCAGCUCCUGCUCUACAAUAUUCCUCGACGACAGCACGGUCAGCCAGCCCAACCUGAAGAGCACCAUCAAAUGCGUCACGUUGGCCAUCUACUACCACAUAAAGAACAGGGAUUCAAACCGCUCGGUGGAAAUAUUCGAUGAGAAGCAGCACCCUCUGUCGAGAGAUAAGGUUCCGGACGACUACGCCGUGGUCGACCCCGAACACAAGCUCAUCUACCGCUUCAUACGGACGCUCUUCAGCAGCGCGCAGCUCACGGCCGAGUGCGCCAUCGUCACCCUGGUUUACCUGGAAAGGCUGUUGACGUAUGCGGAGAUGGACAUCUGCCCUUGCAACUGGAAGCGCAUUGUUCUCGGUGCCAUCCUGCUGGCCUCCAAGGUGUGGGACGACCAGGCCGUGUGGAACGUCGACUACUGCCAGAUCCUCAAAGAGAUGACGGUGGAGGACAUGAAUGAGAUGGAGCGUCACUUCCUGGAGCUGCUCCAGUUCAACAUCAACGUCCCGGGCAGCGUCUACGCCAAGUAUUACUUCGACCUGCGCUCGCUGGCGGACAACAACAACCUCAGCUUCCCUCUGGAGCCGCUGAGCAACAAGCGCGCCCAAAAGCUGGAGGCCAUCUCCAGGCUGUGCGAGGGCAAGUACAAGGACCUGGGUAAGCCGGGCGUGAGGAGGUCACUCAGCGUCGACAACAUGGCCGGCAUCAAGAGCUCCCAGGCGGUGCUGUCUUAGGUCCGCGGCGCAGCGGGGGGGCCGAGAGCGACGCCGCGGGGACGAGGCGCCGCGUCCAGGAAGUCGGACGGCAUCCGACGAGAGGCGUCUCCAAAGUAGUUUACGAUAGAGAAAUAAAAUCAAAAAAUAAAAUCGGUGGCUUAAAAAGUUUUCUUACCAAAAUGUGAAACGACAACGCUUACCAAACCAUCGCUCUAGUGUCACGAGUCCAGUUUCUCCGUGUUUUACAAAGAGCUUCAGCUAAAUGCCUUUUAACGCAUGAUGAUACGGUGAAAUAUUUUUGCAGACUAACUUCAUUUUAGUUUUUAAAUGGAUGUGUAACUUUGAACUCAAUCGGCUUGAAAACGCUUCCUGAAGUCACGCAAACUGAGGACUUCCUCUCUUUAUUCUUCUCUCUCUCCACCAGCCGCCCCCCCCCCCCCCUCACCUUUAUUCACACAGAAGGACCGCCUUGAGCUACCCUGUGGUGUGGUUCUGCACAUGGACAAAGAGUAGACUUUGUUUUGCUUACUAUGUAGGCCCCUAUAGCUGUGAAAUGUACAAGACUUUAUUUAAUUCAAAUAAAUCUCAGUCGCUGUUUAAAGUUGAA